CCCAACAGGAAUUAAAGACAAGACCUCAGGACAUCAGGGACAGACAAUAAUUCACGGGACACCAGGGACUGGACAACUAAACUUCUGGACAUCUUGUUGGACCUAUAAGGUUCAGGUCCCAUUGUCCACCAAGUGGUGGAUUGUGGGUAUGGGACUUGUGGUGCUGCUGAUCGGGAUACUUGUGGCUGCGACUUUAAUCGGCGUUUACAUAACACAGAAGCAUACGGAGAAGAUGGUGAUGCAGGUCUUGAAUGCCAAAGACGGGGAAAAGAUUCAACAGAUAAUUUCUGUCAACGAGCAGGAAAACAUGGCCGCCAUAUUUGUCAACAGCCCAAAUGAUUCCACCACUGUGUUGUAUGAUUACAGGAGGAACCUCAUUGGAAUCCGGACGAUAAACAGCAGCUUUUGUUGUGUACUUAGGAUGGACAGAUGCAAGACUCCAUCUAUACAGGAUAUACUAAGAGAGAUGGAUAAUAUCAAGACCCGUAAGACAUCCAGUGAGGACCAGAUCAUGUACAGCGCUACAGCGGAGGAGAAAGCCGACCCUAUGGAUCUGGGGACGAGCAUGAAUAUUCUCUGCAGCAAUGUCGACAUCUACUGGGCAAAAUUGGAGAGUCCCAAAGAUGUCAGACGGUUUAGGCUCAGACAUAUUAAGUGGCACAUUCAGGCAAACUUGGGAAUAAGUAUCGGAAACUGAAGAAAUUGUACUUGCUGCUUUUAUCAACGGAGCGUGGAGAAUGAUAUCUAUGGUCUGCAUGGAACCCGGU